CUUAAAGAAAGUUCUGCGUUAUUAGCAGCAUUCCUUAACUGGCUUGCUAGCCGCUCAUUAUCAGUCUGUUGCGCAGAAGAAGAAGCAGCACUUUCUCCUCGACCGCCCCUCGCACUUCUAAAUGUUUCAAGUUCGCACUGGAAUUCAGAAAUGAUUGAUUAGUCAAGGUAAAAUAUAAGUAAAUACAAGAAUAAAUUCAUAAAUAUCAACUUACCCUAAGGGCGUUGUUUUCUACCUUUAAUUUACUAGCUCUGUUUUCUGCAUCAUCAGCUCUUUUCUGGAAAGGUAAGCAAAGAUUACUGACAACUCGCUCAUUGACAUAUUUUAUUAUUGAUUUUUUUUUUUGGGAUGUGGCAAAGUUCACUGCAGUCAUGAAGGCCUGUUGUACGCCUCUAUUAAUGUCACUCUUAAUCAGAGCAUUAUUCCUGCAGUCUCUAAAAACUGUAAUAGGUUUGUUGGAUUGAUAAGCUUGUUUGUAUUGGGGUCAGACCACUAUAUCCUGAGACCAUUAUACCAAAGCUAUUAAGUAACAUUUCAUAAGCGUGUAAGUUACUAAGAACUUUGUAUAAUUUUGUACUAGUGAUUUUUUGCAAUAUUUAGAUUUUUAUAAGUUGUUAUUUAAAAAAAAAAUCUUAAUUAACAAAUUUAAAUCUUAAUUUAAAUAGAGGUUUAUCAGCAUGUCAAAAUCCUGAGACUACUAUACAAAAGUAUGAGAGAGGGUCCGAUCUCCACUUAUCUUUUUAUCACAUAAUUGUUAACUCACAGAUGGCCUGAGGAAGACAUAAAAAUACAUUGCCUUUAUAAUUAAAUUACUGUUGCUGUCAAAGAAACUAGUUCCUAGGUGAUCAAAUCAAAAAAGGAGCAAUGGAUAUUCUUUAUUGAUUCGAGCAAAGUUAAGAAAAUGUUGAACAUUUGAAUAUUGUAAGAAAGAAUUUAGGCUUGAGAUAGAGAACAAGAGAAGUGAUCAAUCAUUAUUAUGAUGGAUGAUCACUUUGACUAAUGGAAAAUUAGUAAAUAAUAAAGUUACUUACACAUUAACUGUAUCAGAGAGUAUAUGUGUAAUGAAAACCAAUGAGGCUUCAUUACAGAUAAUUAUUUUUAUCAAAUUUAUUCUGUAUAUAUUUAAUAAAUUUCACAUACCAGACUGAUACGACCUUCGGGGCUUAUAGAUGGAGGAGGAGAAGGCUGCCCUCUUUCAUUUCUAAUAGGUCCAUCAGAAAGAAAAUCAGGAAGACUUUUAGACGUUCCGACUUCAGGUUGUUGCCCUAAAUCAGGGCGAGAUGUCAAAUCGAAUGGAAGAUCCUGUCCAGGACUGUAGUUGUGACCAGGAAAUCUGAAAAAUAAAAACAUUUAUAAUUUAUAUGAAUUAUGCAUUAUAAAGAAAAUUAAGAAUUAAUUAGACAUAACAUACAAGUGAUAAAUAAAGACAAAAAUUAAUUUAUUACGAUUUAGUAUUCUUUUAUUUCUAGAAAACAUAAUUUUAAAAUAGUUAUCAAAAUUUAAGGAAUCCUGCAACUCAAGUGUGUAAUAUCUUAAAUGAAUAUUCAUAUCACUAGAAUUGGCAUUGAUGAAAAAUACGAAUAAACCAACAUAUUAAUAUUAUAUCUCAUGGUAGAUUGUUAUAAAGAGAUUCAGCCAUACUGUUUCAUUAAAGCAGCAAACCAAAACUUAAUCCUUUUUCCACUAAAAGGGUCAAAUAUACUGAGCAACACUUAAUCCUCAAUGAUAAGACCCUUUCCUACAUAAAAUCCAAUGAGUAAUUGGUACCUGUGAUUUAGCCGGUUGCCACAGACAGACUGCUAUCUAUCAAUGUUUAUAACCUAAAACUGAUAAUUUUGAUAGUGAUAAUACUUCUCAUCUUCGUAUUGAUAUUUAUGGAAAUUGAAAUAGACAAAAAGAAAUGUAAUAAUAACAUAAAAUUCACAUAAAUAUGAAUCCACAUGCUGCCUCACCAUUUCUCCAAUUAGCUGAGCCUCAUAAUCGUUUUAUGUGUUGAGUAUGGACCACACUCGAAGGAUUGACAAAGUUAUAUCGGCGAUUUACCUAGAAAUGGUUGUAGUUUGCUUCAUUUAAUUGUUAGGUGUUGUAUCCUUUCCAGCAAUUAGAAUAUAUAGUGGUUCUUACUUCUAUAUUAUUUUUAAUACAUUCUAAUAGAGUUGUUGCUUUUCUAGAUUUUAUUUUCCUCAUUUUAUCACCUUCACAGAAUUUCAACUUUAGAAUUAUCCUGAAUUUCUGAAAGUAUUUAACAGCUUCUUUUUCCGAAUACAGUAAUUCUAAAAGUGUUAUCAUAUCCAUUUUAAACAAGAAAUAAUAAAAUUGAAAAAAAAAUUGAAAACAAUUCAAUAAUGCACAAGUAAUAGAAAGAUAACAAGAGGUCACAUGAGCUAAGAAGGAAGGUUUCAUGGCAACCAACCAAGUCACAAGUACCAAAUAAUUUUUAAUCUUAAUUAUAAUUCAUUAUUAAAUAAUAUAAUAAGAUAAAGACUCAUCAAUAUUAAAAUCACAAGAAUUUUCACUCUUACUUUCACCUAUAAAUAUUAGUUAUAACUUUCUAUAAGUUCAAAACGUAUAAUUCAGGACUUGCACGUUAAAAAAUUAUAUAAAUUUGAGCAUCAAUAGAAUUCAAGUGAUUAAGAACAUAUAUAAGAUUGAGACUGCAUUUUAUAAAUAAUAAUAAAAAAAUGUUUCAUAUUUAACAAAAAACUUAAAAUAAGUUAGUCUGGAUGGGGGCCAAACCAGUUGUAGCUCGACUUCCUAAACAUUUUGGAUUCCAUGUUAUAACAUUUUUAUUUAAUUCCUUUUUUUUUUUUUUAGAAACUUAAAAGACAAAUAAGUUUGGCUUACCCAGCGAAUUGAGAAAUGCUAUCCAAGUCGACAGACAAAUGCUGCUGAGCCAGUCCCUGACCCAGAUAGCAUUGCUCGAUGACCAGAUGGUCUUGUACGAAAUCAGGAAGACCAGAAGUCACUUCUGACCCUGACAUCAACCUCGGAGAGGGAGAAGGCGGAGGUGUAGGAGUGGGGUAAACUUUAGGCCGAGCACCACCAUGUGACUCACGGCUCAAAAAGUGUUUUAACGAAAAUGGGUUUUCCUCCCUCCUGAUCGUAUCACUGCCACUACAGGCUAUAAAAAAAAAAAAUAAUAAUAAUUGGUUAAUAAUUACAUAAUGAUACAGAUAAUAAUUUGCAAGAUUAAGGAGAUGAUUUUGGGUGAGGAAAGUGAGGCAAUAUCACUGGUCCAUUGCAAAAAGUCAUUAAGUGAUAUUUUAGAAAAUAAAAUCAAAAAGUACUUAGAUGAAUUUUCCUUCUGAAAAAUAAAAAAAUGUGCACUUAAUGAGUAAUUUGCAUUGAUAAAUAUGAUAAAAAUUCACAAAUAUGUAAUAAAAGCUUCAUUAAGCCAUAACAAACAGAAAAUAAGAAUAAUAGAAAAAAGAAAGAAUGAAUAGUAAAAUUAUAUCAGGGAAUAUGAACAAAUAAAAUGGUAUACAUAAAAAUAAUGGAAAUAUGAACAAUUAUACAUGAAAAAGGCUAUAUUUUUACAAAAACUAAUAUAUUUUUGAAGUUAAAUUUUUUGAUUCAUUUUUCAUAUUAAUAUUAUUUGCUCACUUUGACACUUCUUAAAAAAGACGUAAAAUAAAAAUCUAAGUAAAUAGAUACAAAUAAAAACUUGUAAGUUAUUUUGUCAAUACACAGUUGAAGGACAAUAAACACGAACUAUCAACAAUAUAGAUGAUUCAGCAAUUUUUAUUUGAUCAAAACAAACAUUAGUAGCACUUUGAUAGAAUAAAUUCUACUUACAUAACUUAUUCUUUCUGAUUUCUAUGUUAGUCUCACAUUUAAUUCAAAUAGCUCUAAACCAAUAAGAUACUGUACUGGUAGUGGUUAAUGUGGCAAGACGAGUCCAGCAAGUGGCUCUAUUGAUACUUUUUGCUUACCCCAACAUUAUAACAAUAGAGACUGACCUAUUUUUCUUGAAUUUCCAUUUCCAACCUUUUACUUUUUCUAAUGAAAUUUCAAAGGGAUGAUCACUAAACUAACAUUGUUUUGUUAUAAUAACUCCUUCAAUAUCUAAUUCAUGACCAAAAAAUAACAACAGAAUCUGAAGAAGUAGACAUCAGCUAGCAAUGAAUUUAUAAAAAUUAUAAGAGGUCUUUUGUCCUUAUCAGGUCGCUUAUAAAUAAUAAAAAAUUACUUGGAAGUAUAUAACAAAUCUUUAAAAUCAGAAUUAUAAAGAAAGUCAACAUUUAGGUUAAGAUAUUAAAACUUAUAUAUCAUCUCAUAUUUAUAAUAUACCUCUUAAUUUGUAUAUCUGGUGUUGUUUGGUUAAGUUGAAAACAAAAAUGUCAAUCACGUUUCUUCAUAAUUUAAAUUUAUUAACACAAAUACUUAAAGCAACGUAUAAUACACUCAAACAUUCACUGAAUAUGAUCCAAUAAGAUUAUUUAAUUAUCAUAUCAUGUGUAAUAUAAAUGUAAUAAAUACACUAUAUUUUAUGAAUAUGCAAUACCAAGUGACAAGUUUUAACGGGUAAGUAGGUAGAUAUAAAAUACAAAGUUUGGACAAUUAAACAAGUGGAUAAUUUAAAAAAUAAGAGUUCUUAAUAUAAACAAACAAUCAGUGAAGAAAUUCAGUUAAAAAAUAAUCUAACCUGUCGUAGGUAAAUCCAUUAACUUAUUUGACAUAUAUAUGGUACACGUAUGUGAAUUCUUUCCCCUAAUUGUUUUUAAUUUUCCCUAAGAGUAUUAAUUAAAAUGUGUUGGUGCAAAAGAUAGGUAUAUGUUUGGAGAUAUUACGUAUGUUUUCAAUAAGACAGUAGUGACUACUAUUUCUCAAGAUCUUCCAAUAAAUGAGCUUUUUUAUUCAAGUCCAUUAAUAGCUAAACUGUUAUUAUCAGAUAUUUGUGAGGUGUCAAUACUUUCUGAGCCUUUGCCAUAAAAGUUCGGAUAACCGUGGAAAAUAUACAACUUAGAGAAGAAGAAUUAGUGGUACAAUAAUUGAAAAAAUAAGCAUUUUAUUGUUACCGACUAAGAAAUGUAUUAUAAACAUAUAAUUGAUAACCUGCAUUGUAUGCCCCUUCCACUGGUAGAUUCCUACUUUUGGGUUGAUUAUUGUUGCCGAGACCGAUGUCCAAGGCGAUAGCGGCUUCUUCGUUUUCCUCACCACUGUCAUUCGACUCGGAACCCUUCCCUUUUGUUUUAUUACUGAAAUAAUUCAAAUCCCUACCGUUAGCCCCAUCUUCCUCAGCCAUGAUAUGGAGGAGAGGCUAGCUCAGCUGAGAGCCGGCCAAUCAGAUUCGAUCCAGUCAAGGACCCGCCAGCGGGAAGCUCUUCAUUAUAUGAAUUUCUUGCAGAGCUCUUAUUGCAUUCGGGCAAGAGCCCUCCGCACUGUUGGUCUUGGUGCGUCAAUUGAGCGGGGCUAUAAUCUCAUUUUUAUCGUAGUGGUAGUCGUUUGAAACCAUUUUGUCUCUUCAUUCAACAUAUAAGCGGUGCUUUAGCUGUGUAACAAUGCUCAGGAAAGCUCAUUUGACAGGAAGUCCGCUGAAGAUUUUUCGCAGGACAAUGGUGCAAACAGAAAUCGAAGCUCCAGAAAUGCCGCCUUGUGAUUACACUCCGAAUCCUUAUAAGGGUUUUGAAUAUGAGAAACUUAUGAAAGUAAAAGAGGAACACAUCGUUCCUUGUAUUCAACCCUAUUACAAAAAGCCUUUAUUAAUACAUGAAGGGCAUAUGCAAUGGCUCUUUGACCACACUGGAAGGAGAUACUUGGAUAUGUUUGGAGGAAUUGUUACAGUAAGCGCUGGGCACAGUCAUCCAGUCGCAAGAAAGGUCUAUAAGGGAACCCCUGGCAGAGAAACACCAAGAGGAAAGUCUAAGAGCCAGUGGAACGACAGCAUACAACGAGACCUCAGGCAGUUGAGAAUAAGUGUCAUCCUCGCUGAAGAUAGAACGAGAUGGGUGGCAGCGGUUGAUCAAGCCAAAAGCAGCUACAUAAAAAUUAAUGAAGCAAUCUUUAAGCAAAUGAAGACACUCUGGCAUACAACCAAUAUUUAUCUGCAUCCAAAACUUUAUGAGUAUGCAGAAAAAUUAACUGCAAAGUUACCAGGGGACUUGAAGGUUGUUUAUUUCGUGAACAGUGGUUCAGAAGCUAAUGAUCUUGCCAUGCUGUUAGCAAGAAUAUAUACCAAAAAUUAUGAUGUAAUAUCAUUUAGGAAUGGAUAUCAUGGUAUGAGUCCAUAUUGUAUGGGGAUCACAGGGCUUUCAACUUGGAGAUAUGAUUUACCAAUUUCGAUGGGAGUGCAUCAUGCCAUGAAUCCUGAUGUCUAUAGGGGCCUGUGGGGCGGUUCAAAAUGUAGAGAUAGCCCAGUCCAGACAGACAGAAGCUGCGAUUGCGAAGACCAUUGUAAAGCUGCUGACCAAUAUUACAAUCAGCUGGAGGAAGUAUUCAAAUACUCUCUCCCUCGUGGGAAAGUUGCAGCACUUUUUGCAGAAUCCAUUCAGGUUCAAUCAGGUUUUGGACGAACUGGUGAUACAUUCUGGGCUUUUGAAAGUCAUGAUGUAGUACCAGACAUUGUCACAAUGGCUAAGGGUAUUGGAAAUGGAUAUCCUUUGGCAGCAGUUAUAACAACGAGCAAAAUAGCAGCAACGCUCGGUCAUGCAAAUCAUUUCAAUACAUUCGGUGGAAAUCCAAUUGCCUGUUCUGCUGGUAUAGCCACUCUUGAGGUUAUUGAAGAAGAGAAAUUGCAAGAUAACUGUAAAAAAGUCGGAACAUAUUUAUUGAAAAAUCUAGAAAAAUUAAGAGAUGAAUUUGAAAUAGUGGGUGAUGUCAGAGGUAAAGGUCUUAUGAUUGGAGUUGAAAUGAUAAAGAAUAAAUCUACUAAGGAGCCUCUUUCAGCAAAAAGGUUUGCUGAUAUUUGGGAAGAUUGUAAAGAUAUGGGGCUUCUAGUCGGAAGGGGAGGCUUAAAUAGCCAUGUUAUGAGAAUAAAACCACCGAUGUGUAUAACCCAAAAAGAUGCAGACUUCACUAUUGAAGUCCUUCGCACUGCGAUCCAGAAGAAUGUAGAGAAGUGUUCUGCCCAUUAAUACAAUGAUCAUCAAGGCCUCGAAUGUUGCAUUCAUUUUUCAUUCUAAAACUGCAUGGUUUAUAAUUUAACCUGCUCUGUUUUGUACUGAUAGUCAUUGUGAACAAUUAUUUUUAUUUUCAGCAUUUAGUGCGAAAUGCUUAAUAUUUACAUUCCUACUUGUAGGAAUAUCUGUUAAGAUAUUUAAGUGUAAGCUGACUAUUUUAGUACUAACUUACUCUUAGAUUUAACCAUUGAGUAUUUUUAGUAGAAAUAUUGUUUUGUAUUCAUUCCUAUAAAGACUAGUCAAUUUUUUUUUAAUUUAUCAAGUUAUAAUCUUGUAUUUUGAGUAGAAAAAAUGACUGAACAAAUAUUUACACCAUUUUAUAAAAAUGAAGUAUUUUUUAUCAAUUUUAUAUCAGUGAUUUCAGUUUCAAGAGAGAAUUCUGCUUAUAUAUUUUAUAUAAUUAUCAUUCCUGUAACAGAUUUGAAUAAUCUAUCAUUUCUUCUUAAGGUUUAUUUUUAUUAGGGAAGCAAAGAAAUAGUAAGAUUUUUUCCGUUAUUGAAGAUCUUACACCAUACCUCUUAAGGAGCUCAAAAUGCCUUAAGUCAGGUUAGAAAGUCAAAUAAGCAUAUGCUUUCAUCACUUUUUCGUUUAUUCAUGUUAAUUAGUUUUUUAGAGCCUUGGCUUGUGACAAAUAACAAGGAUUAGAAUAACAUAAUGUAAAAUUAAGGCUAUUUAUAUCUGCAAUGUAUAACAAACAUUCCAUUUUGCCAUUUGAAAUCUCAAAGAUGAUCGUACUCUUCUUUUCCUUCUUGCUAAGGACCAUUCCAGUGAUUAUGAGUGUUCUACAUUUAUUAUAUUUCAAGGUUGUUUAUCUUUUGUUUGAAAAAAAUAUUAUAUUUCAGUUAAUACUUUUUUAAAAUGUUAGAUAUUUUGUACUUUUAUAAAUUGUAAUAUUAUAAAUAUAUUUUGUUUUCAAUUGUAUCAUCAUUUUAAUUAUACCAUUAUACCAAACAGUGUGGCUUUAUUAUAGAAUUUACCAGCCCAUAUUACUUAAGUUUAACAUUUUGGUAACUUUAAGCAAUUGUAAAAAAUAAUAAAUAAAAAGUAAAUAUAAACACAGAAAUAUAACUUGUUAUAUUUAUUUAAUUACAUAAAUAACUUUUGUUUUUAGUGUAAGAUGAUAUUUAUAUAAACGUUGUAUUAAAAAAUUUAUCAAUAUAGGUUUUGAUGUUUAUGACCGUUCAAUAAAACAAUAGCAGUUUAUUUAAACAUAUUUAAUCAACAUCUAAAUACAGAAGAAAUCAAAACACGCUUGACUUUUUGUGUUUUAUCUCCUCCUGGUUACCUUCUUUACCAAAGAGUCACAAACCAUAACACUUCCACUCCCAUUAAAUAAAAAACAAUUUAUUGUUAAUAAUUAUUUUCAUAGCAUUUGGAUUAUUCCAAUUCUGAACAUAUAGCACUAAAUGUGUCGCCAAGUCCAAUUGAAAACCACAAAUGUGAAAAUAAUCUAAUUUAAUUUAUGAGUUUAAAAUUUGUACUCACUUUCCUGAUGUGAAAGUUCAGAAUCUUGUUUUCCCAAAAUUUGAAUUUGAAAUUAAUUGUUAAGAAUUUAGACCAACUAUAUCAUAGGAUUAUUAUAAUUUCAUCCCUCCAUUCAAUCAUUCUGGUUAAUCUGCCAAAAACUCCUUACCUUUUAAAGCUACAUAAAUAUAAGUUCAAUCCAUUGUAUCAUGACAAUUCUUAUUUGUUCUUUAAUAAAUUCUUCUUUGAAAUAGUUAGAUUAAAAUUGUAAACUCAAUGAUGAUGAGAUCCUUCAGAUUACAAUAGAGCUUUGUCGAGCUGAUGACAUCCAACCCAGGUUAUAUCUGUACAAUGUUGUUUAAUCCCCUGUUCUGCGUUCACUUUUUCCAAUUCUGAAUUUUUUAUAAAGGUGAGGUUUCAUCCUGUUAUGGCCCAUUCUUGGUCUAAAGAAUAUGACUUGCUCUUUUCUGAACCUGUUAUACAGAAAAGGUACUAUGAAAGGUAAUAUUUGUCGUUGGUCAUGAUGUGUUUGGAGAUCAUUACACCUUUGGUGAAUGCCUGUUUUAUUUAUAGUGAUCACCUUCUGUUGAAUGUUCAAGUCAUAUUGUCAACUUGAGGGAAAGCUGCUCUAAUCAGAUCGCUCGGCUACUUUAGUAAAAUUCAGCUUUAUUCAUAAGGUUUCCUCUAUUAAAUGGCUAUCUCUUUCGAAAUUCAUUAAGAAAACCAAAAUCUUUGUUACAAAUUAAUUUUGAGGAUUUUCAUUGGUUUUUCUUGAAAAAGGAAAAAAAAGAUCAAUAGGCCCAUUUGCCAGCAUUAUUCUCCCCAUCAUUACCCGUAUACCAAUAUUAUAAGAAAACUUUUUACUUUUAUUAAUUAUAACAUUAUUUAUACAUUUUGAUUUUAUUAAUGCCAUUAUUUUUUUAAUCCAUCCAAAUACCAACAUUUGUGCUCUUAUGUGGAAUUUUCCAGUCCAUACCGUUUUCAGACAAGUUUAAUGUUUCGCAAACUUUGAUUAUUUGUAUAAUGAAAAAAAGGUAAAUUUAAAUAUAGAAAAUUUAUACAUUUAUUUAAUUACAUAAAUAACUUUAUUUUAUAUUUAACAUGAUUUUUAAAUAAAAAAAACUAUAUUAAAAAAUCAUUAUAGGCAUCAACUACAUAGUAGUUGAUGACAAUACAUAUGCAAUUAGAUACAGAUUAUCUACAGUUAAGUAGGUACUUAAGAAUACUUUGAACAAUAUUUAAAAAAUACUUUUGACUCGCUAUAGAAAUCACAUUCAUUUAAAAUUAAGUCUUGAUGACUAUAGUAUGCAGGUUUUUUCUUCUUUUUUUUCUACAUCUAUUUACAAACAUUAAUGAUAUAACAAUGUAAGUUGAUUUUACUAUUAUUUUCUGAUAAGAAAGGAACAGGAAGCAGUAUAUCGGCAGCCAUGCUGCAAAAGUCUUUAUGAACAAUUUUAUUAGAAGCUAUGGUUUUGAGAUUUUCGAGCCAAUCUUGACUUCACACAUAUUUAGUAAUACAUACCAAAGAUGUUACUUAGAAAUUAUAUCUUUCUCUUGACUCAUGCAAUAAAAAACUGAAUAAAAUAGAAAGUUCUUAAAAUAGCAAACUAGCUUUUGCAAGAUGGCUUUCGGUAUUACGUUUUUUGUGCCUCUAGUAUUAUUUAACAAAUAAAGUAUUCAAAGUAAAAUUUCUUUUUUUGUCCUAUCUUUCGCAUACCUCUGCAUCAUGCAAUAAAAAUACUUUGAUGUCAACACUUCAGAGUUAAUCUAGACUGAAUGGUUUAUUUUUUAAUUAAUCUAAUUAACUCCUUCAUACUUCAGUAGAACAAAUCAUGUUCUGUUUUAUUUAUAACACAAUAAACUGGAAGUGUUAAUAAAGCUCAACUUUAAGAAAUGGUAUCACAUUUCAAAGUUUUUACUUGACUUUAAUAUUAGAAAAUGAUUUAUGAGGUCAAGUUGAGUAGCAAAUGAAAUUGAUUUACUUUUAUAAUAAUAAUUUGGUCUAAUAAUCCUUAUGACUGAUUGCUGUUUCAAUUAUUGUCAAUUAUUCUUAUCACUAGUUAUCUUUUGAAUACUAUUAUCGACUUAUUAACGCUAAAACAAAAACUUUGUUAUAUAUCACAGACUAACACAGUCCUUCAUUGAGAUAACACCAUUGAGGUAUGAUUUGAUCCACUGCUAUUCCCCUUCUUAUCAUCCUUUCCCUCAUCUCAAGCAGGCGAUACGUGGCCACGCUCGAGUCAGUCGUCGGAGAGGACCAUAACCUUUCAGCUAAGGCCGAUGCCCUAGGCCAUAUACGGGUAUCCAUAUUGUUAGAGUCUGCAUACUCACUCCAAAGGGAAACUUCUCCUCCUAAAACUAAAUGAAUAACAGAUGAAAACAAGAUUUUUAAGCGAAAACGAGUAGUGAAGUGAAUUUAAAAGAAAAUAUAUAGAAUUAAAUAAGUUAUGAUGCUGAAUAUUUCUCAUUAGUAAAUGAGAGGCUGUCAUGGUCAAGCAUGUAUAUUAUCCAGUAAUUUGUUAAAAAUUAGAACGAAUAUCAAUGGCACAACAUUUCAAACCAAUUCAAAGGUUUUUAAUUGUUAAUCCUAAUGUAGAAAAAUGAUUACAGCUGAGAGUUAUCAUGAUUCUCUUCAUUGUUUAUUUUCUUUUUAGUUGUAAAUAUGCAUUUUAAAGAAUAAAUUGUAGUUCUAUUAACUUUUUUUUUACUUUCCAUUACAUUUUAUAACUUUACUUCCAUAUAUUAGUGAUUAAGAUUUUAUAUCAUUCAAGUAGCAAAUAGUUAAGAUUUACCUUUAGGAAAUUCUGGAAUCUUGUAAUCGUAGACUUUUUUCCAAUUAUGAUACAAUGUAUUUCCCCAAAAGCCAUGGUCUAAAUACCAAACAUCUGUACUAGCAUAAAUCAACCCAUAACCUAAAGCUAUGAGUUCUCUUGGAAUACUAUCAAAUUGACUAGUCCAAGCUUCAAUUAUAUACCUAAAAUUAAACAGACAAACUCUUUUAUGUACAAAAAUGAUUACCAAAAUAAUUAUUUUGCUCAUUAAAUAAAAAAAUUGGUGAAUAGCUAAACCAUUAUUUGAUUAAAAUUUUGCAAUAAUUUCAGAAUAUUGAGACAGGUCAAAAAAUAUUUAAAGAACGUGUAUCUGAAAAAGUUUCAGUAUGGAGAAAAAACAUUUGGUCCUCAUUUUCAGAAAUAAAUCAAAAAUUGAAUAUAUAAACCAUUUGCACACUGGCUUAUUGAUUACUGUUUGAAUUGGAAACUGUUAUUGUUGGUGGGGUGGAAAUCGUAGUUAUUCAUUAUUAAAAUUAACAUUUAUAUUUCUGUUACUUGUAUCAAAACUAUGAUCUUAACUCUUUUUUAAUCUGAAUGAUAAUAAUUUUAAAAAAGUCUGUACCUAUCUUUAUCUAAGGAAUUUGUGAUAGUUUCAGGUCUGGUUAGAUCGCUAGUCCAUAGCACAACUUUUGUAUUAGAAUGCCCGAUAGCUGCAUCCCAGGUUUGAAGUGCUUUUUUAUGAAAUUCAGUCCAUAGCUGCAUAAACCCUUCGGUGGUCCUAGGAUAUUUACGAAGCCUCAUAUAAUUUAUUAUUUCAUCAGAUGAGUUCCAACAUCCUAAAUGGACCUGGAAAAUAAACAGCAUAAUAUAACACUUUUCACUCACUUUGAUGUGCACAAAAAUAAUAUAUUAGGCUAUCAUGGUUAAAACAUUGAUGAAAAAUAAAUAAAAUCAUGUUUUCUUAAGAUAUGUUAAAAUUUGGUUAUUAGUUUUGGUUUUGAAAAUAAAUUAUGUUGUUUAGGAUAUGCAGGGAUCUCCAAACUAUGGUCCACAAAAGUUUCUUUGAUUAUGGAGUAACAUUUUAAAAACUAUUAAAAAAAAAAAAAAAAUGAAAUUUAAUAAAUCGCUUAAACAUGAGAUUACUAUAACAUUUAUUGCUUGAAUUGUUUCUCUUUGAAAGCUGAGUUCACAAUUAAAGUGUGACUUAUUGAACAAGCUUUUUUUUUUAAUCACAAGCCUUUAGUACAUUAUUUAUAAGGUUGAUGUAGUUGCAUCUCUCAAUAUUACCAAAACAAUGUUUUGAUCUCAGUAGCACCAAACUCUAAUCGCUCAUUAUUGUUUAUCAACCUUAAAGAUUUCAUUAUUCUUAUGUGAGAAUAAUGGUUGUCCUUGUCGAUCAAUGUAGGGAGUGUUUAUAAAAGAUAAAUUUUAUUAUUUAGUUUUAUUUCUAUUUUCAUCAAUGUUUUCACCCACAGUGCAGAUCUUUAGAACUAAAAAGCUUGUAAUUAAAAGAGAAGUUAUGUAAAGGGAUCCAAUGGUAAGGGAAUAAUUGUAAGCUUUAUAUUAUCACUAUGUUCUUUUAACUAUUACUGUAAAAACUUUUUUUUUUUAUUUACCAAUAUUUUUACAUACCUCAUCACCUCCCAUAUGAAAAAUAUCCUCACUUGGAAUCAAAUCUUGCAAAUUUUUAUAAACCCCACCUAAAACUUUGUAUAAAUUAUCAUUUGCAGGAUUCAUUUGACCGCAAGGUGGUUGGACACAGGAUGCUUGCCAAGGAGGACUGUUUCGACAUAAAACUAACUUUCCAAGACCUUCUUGUUCACCAAAUUGCCAACCAUUAC